AUGAUAUAUAAAAGUUUACAAAUACACACGGUAAAUUAAUUUGAAUUAAUUUACAUAUGGCUAAAUUUAUCAAUGCAGUCAAAAAGGAUGCUCUUGCAUCAUAUUAAUAUUGAAAUAAAAGGGGUGACAAAUGUCAUGCUCUUAUUGACACAGUGAUUUUUAAAUUUCUCUUGAUCAAAUAUUACCUUUGAUCUCUUAUUUUUCAUGAUUUCACGAGAACACAGUAAAUAAGAUCGGCAGAUUAUCGAUAUCCGAAGAAAAGAUGGAACAGAACUUUGGAUUUGUGGAUAUGCUGGAAGAGAGACGAAAGGACUGUGACUUUUUUUGGGCAACGCGUUCCAUGGAUCCACUGUUACCUCAUAGGCUGCCACCGGAAUCAGUUUACAAUAGGGACAAGAUAAUACAAUCUGUUUUGCUCGAUGCACAAGUUAGAGUUGCAAUUGAUACAAUAGCAAAGACAACAGGAAUGGAAGUUAAAGACCUCGAGAAUAAUGCUCGUGCUAUGAUAAAUGAAAUGGCUAGCAAAGCAGAUUUGGCGACAGUUCGUUGGCUAGGUAUUUUUAUUACAAAAGCUAUGAAGAGAAUGUUUUUAAGAAUUUAUGUAAAUGAAAUUAAUCUUUCUCACUUGAAGAAGGAAACACAAAUAUCUCAAAUACAAUAUGUUUAUGUACCGACUCAUAGAAGUUAUCUGGAUUUUAUUCUACUGUCGUACAUUCUUUUUUCUUACGAUAUGGCAUUACCGAAUAUCGCGGCUGGUAUGGAUUUUUACAAUAUGAAAAUAAUUGGAGAACUGUUACGAAAAACAGGAGCGUUUUAUAUAAGACGUAGGUUCUCUGAUGAUUUAUUGUACAAGCAAAUUUUUCGCUCAUACAUCAACACUAUUGUCAGUCACAGCGAUAGGGCGAUAGAAUUUUUUCUCGAAGGUACUCGAAGCCGUAGUCAAAAGAGCACAAUGCCAAAAUAUGGUCUUCUAUCCAUUAUUUUAGAAAGUUUACUUCAAGGCGACGUGCCCGACAUACAUUUUAUACCUAUGAGUAUCAGUUACGAACGACCACCGGAAGAAUUAUUAUUUGUUUACGAAAUGCUAGGAAUUCCGAAACCGAAAGAAAGUACAACCGCGCUUUUUCGGUCACUUUCCAUAUUACAAAAUCCUUUCUCUCACGGUUGCAUUUACUUUAACAUUGGGAAACCUAUCUCCGCUCGCCAAUUUGUGGAUAUGGCAUAUCGCAAAAGAAAAAUCAUACAUCCAUCCUUUAAAAUCCCAUCGUCGGUUGUAGAAGAUAUAGCUUAUUCUAUAAUAGAAUCACAUAAGAAAGAUACUGUACUUAUGCCGAUCAAUAUCAUUGCUCUUCUUCUCAAUGAAAGAAUUCAAAUAAAUCCAAAGGAGCCGUAUACACUUGAUUCAUUUAUCAAAGAUUAUCAAUGGUUCAAAAGCUUUAUUACUAAAUCAUUGAAGGCAUUAAUGUAUGAAACUAAAAAAAUUAGUAAUAAUAAUAAUGAUGAGAUCAAACAAGAGAUAUUAAAAUCUUUAAAGCCGCAUGAUGAGUUAAUUGUAUUUGACUCAUCAAAUACAUUAAAACUCAAACAACGACAUAAAGGAAUUAAAUUACAGGAUCAAUCAAAUGUCAAAGGAUAUUUUUUGUCUGAACGAACUAUGCAAAUAGCAGUACCUGCCAUUAAUAUCGCAAUUUAUAUCAAUCCAACUUUAGCUUUUCUGGCAGAAAUAGCAUUUAUUACUACAACAAUAGAAGAAAAUGGCACUCAAAGCGAAGUAGCUUUGGACCGAUAUCAGCUACUAAGAAAAUUGCUCAGCACAGAGUUUGUAAUACGCCCGAUUGAAGAUAAAGACUUAAUUAAAAUAGAAUGGGAAAAAUCAAUGAAUAUAUUACUGUCGGAGAAUUGCUUAUAUAUGGCGGAAAACUUGAUUCGUCCAGGAACUAAUACACAACUGUUUUCUAUUUUGCAUAAUGUUAUGCUACCCUUUAUAGAUGUUCUAUAUGUGAUAUGUACUUUAUUAUUCGAGUGGAGUGAAAGAACGUCAGACAAACUCACAGACCGGAUAAUUCUUAUCGAAGCACAGAAACAAGUUGAAAAAUUAAUGUUCGAAAAUAGAGGCUGGUGUCAACAUCCCUAUUGUUUAUCUCUUGAUCUUUAUAAUACAACAUGGUCUAAUUUAUUAUCGCAAGGUAUCGUAAUGGCACACCCGGAACAUACCAAUAUAUAUCAAACGGAUAAAGCAAAAUUGGCAUAUCUUAUCAGUGCAUUGCGUGAGUUACCAUUGCGACGUCCCGUAGGAACCUAUGUCGACGGGUUUCCUUCAGUUAUUUUAAUGCCAUCGGUGAAUACACAAGCUAAAUUAUAAUGUUUAUUUAUUGUGAAAUAAUGGUUUUGUUAUGUUAAUAUUAACAGUAUAACUAUAGUGUAACUAUAGUAAUAACAACAAUAUAUAAUUGACAAAUUAAUUUUAAUUGAGAGAUAUAUUGCGACGUAUCAACAUUUACAUUCCACUUUAGUUCAACGAGAAAAUGAUAUAAUGGUGAAAUUUGUUAUACAAUAUACAGAUGCAAUAUCCUCUAUUGUUGAUGGUUCAAUGACGAUAAUAAUAUUUUCGUUUCUGAGAUUGUUUUUAUAAAAGUAAUUGAUAUUGAAAAU